GUUCAGACUUCGACGCAAAGAUGUUUCCAACGGAUAUGAGAUAUGUAAAACUCUACUAUUCGAUCUUCAGCGUGGAUUAAACGCAGUCUUUACAAAAAUGAUAAGUAAAUAAUACAGCUAUAAUCAAAUUUAGAUUAUGUACGUGUUGUUUUUGCCUUCUUUUGCGUGCGCAGGAAGUCCGGUGGCGGACAGUUACAGGGAUGAUUUCGAGCUGACAUCUUUGUUUUGCUGCCAGUUGAAUAACACAGCUAGCUAGCUCUUAGCAGAUUUGGGGGGUAAACAAACGAGUGAAGACACUCAUUUUAGCUCAACAGAAAGCUGAUAGCUAUGGCGUUACAACUGUUUCUUUAAUAUACAGCCUUCAGUGACAACAGACAGUAUGUCGGCGCUGUUACUGCAGCAGCACCGGACUGGUCUUUGCAGGAAAUACAGUGCAGGUUUAUUGUGGACACUGUCAAGGCACAACUCUCAUUUAUUACACAAGAAGACUCCAUCCAGCCAGAGUGUUAAAGAUGUGCUGUUCAGGUGUGCUAAUGUCAGAAAGAUGCUUCUGUCAACAUCACAGAGGACACUUACGAGUCAGCCACAGAAACUCAUUCAGAGUCUCCUCCACAAACCUUUGGGUCCUGGCAUGGUGGGAAUUAGCAAAGAGUUAAUCAGAAACAACCUGCUGAGGAACCCUGUUGGUUUGAUAAAUCUGUUAGGGUCAAUGAACUUCUUCAGUACAUCUCAGUCUAAACAAGAGAAAAACAAAAGCAAUGGACCAAAGGGAAAAACUCCAGAGGAAGAUGAAGAGGAGAAGAAACGUCGUGAGCAGGAGGACCAGAUGUACCGGGAGCGCCUGAGGACCCUCUUCAUCAUAGCGCUCAUCAUGAGCCUGCUGAACUCCAUUAACACCAGUGGUGGCAACAUCUCUUGGAACGACUUUGUCAAUGAGAUGUUGGCCAAGGGAGAGGUGUCCCGUGUGCAGGUCGUUCCUGAGAGCGACAUCGUGGAAAUCUACCUUCAUCCUGGAGCAGUUAUCUUUGGGAGGCCUAGGCUGGCGCUCAUGUACAGAAUGCAGGUUGCCAACAUUGACAAAUUUGAGGAGAAGCUUAGAGCUGCUGAAGAAGAGCUGAAUAUUGACUCCAAGGACAGGAUACAGGUGUCGUACAAGCGCACCGGAUUCUUUGGAAAUGCUGUCUAUGCUCUGGGGAUGGCUGCAAUUGGCGUGGCUAUUCUCUGGUAUAUUUUCCGACUGGCAGGCAUGGGUGGCAGAGAAGGCGGCUUCAGUGCUUUUAACCAGCUGAAGAUGGCCAAGUUCACCAUCGUGGACGGCAAGUCGGGUAAAGGUGUGAGUUUCAAAGACGUGGCAGGCAUGCACGAGGCUAAGAUGGAAGUGAAGGAGUUUGUUGACUACCUCAAGAGUCCAGAAAGAUACCUCCAGCUGGGAGCCAAGGUUCCCAAAGGUGCAUUGCUGCUUGGGCCUCCGGGCUGUGGGAAGACCCUUCUGGCUAAGGCUGUGGCCACUGAGGCCCAGGUGCCGUUUCUGGCCAUGGCUGGCUCUGAGUUUGUGGAGGUCAUUGGCGGCCUGGGUGCUGCCAGGGUAAGGAGUCUCUUCAAGGAGGCUCGAGGCCGAGCGCCCUGCAUUGUCUACAUCGAUGAGAUCGACGCUGUUGGAAAGAAGCGCUCCACCAACAUGUCGGGUUUCUCCAACACUGAAGAGGAGCAGACCCUCAACCAGCUGCUGGUAGAGAUGGACGGAAUGGGAACAACAGACCACGUCAUUGUCCUUGCCUCCACGAACAGAGCAGACAUCUUGGAUAAUGCUCUCAUGAGACCAGGACGACUGGACAGACACAUUUUUAUAGAUCUGCCUACGCUGCAGGAGAGGAUGGAGAUCUUCGAGCAACACCUGAAGAUCUUGAAGCUGACCCAACCACCUGAUUUCUACUCCCUGCGUCUGGCUGAGCUCACCCCGGGCUUCAGUGGUGCAGACAUCGCUAACAUCUGUAACGAAGCCGCCCUGCAUGCUGCCAGAGAGGGGCACAAGUCCAUCGAUACCUUUAACUUUGAGUACGCAGUGGAGAGAGUAAUAGCAGGGAGCGUAAAGAAAAGUAAGAUCCUGUCUAAAGAGGAGCAGAGGGUGGUCGCCUUCCAUGAGUCUGGACACGCGUUGGUGGGAUGGCUUCUGGAACACACAGAGGCAGUCAUGAAGGUAUCCAUUGCCCCGCGGACUAAUGCAGCUCUGGGGUUCGCUCAGAUCUUACCUCGUGACCAGUAUCUGUUCACCAAGGAGCAGCUGUUUGAGCGGAUGUGUAUGGCUCUGGGAGGAAGAGCUGCUGAGGCGAUCACCUUUAACAAAGUCACAACGGGAGCUCAGGAUGACUUGCGUAAGGUGACACGUGUGGCCUACUCCAUGGUGAAGCAGUACGGCAUGUGUGACAGCGUCGGCCAGGUCUCGUUCCCAGACACAGAGCAGCAAGGUGCCAUUGGACGCCGUCCUUUCAGCCAGGGCCUGCAGCAGCAGAUGGACCACGAGGCUAAGAUGCUGAUAGCCCGUGCGUACAGGCAGACAGAGAAGCUCCUCCUGGACAACAGAGACAAGCUGACACUGCUGGCCAAUGCCCUGCUAGAACGAGAGGUGGUGAACUACGAUGACAUUGAAGCCUUGCUGGGUCCACCGCCCCACGGGCCCAAGAAGAUGAUCGUCCCACAGAGCUGGCUGGAGGCCGAGAGGGACAAACAAGACACGGGAGAAGACGAAACUCCGCCUCCUCCCCGUAAACACAGAGAGGAGGAUGUGAAUCCGCAGCUGGUCUGAUCUUUAAACGAAUGUCUCAUAAUUCUUCCCCAGCUGCUGCAUUUUGUGGAGGUCAUCAGUUUUUAUAAAACCUGGCAUUGAUUCCUCACUUUGAAGCUUUAUAUAAAAGCGAAAUAAUCGGUUUCCGUGCUGACGUUUUGUGCAAAUGAACACUUGUUUUCCAGUUAGCUGACCCAUUAAGAUAAUGUGAAACAGGCCUGAACAAGCCAGUGCCACUUUGAAAAUGAUUAUUUCGGGAGGAAUUCCAUUAUUUUUCUCAUGUUUGCUGCACGGCCGUAUUCUCAUGCCACGGAAGCACUAAAACAAGUCAAUUUAAACAGGAUGUCUCUAAUCAGCCUGCAGUGCUGAUCGUCCAGAAAAGCCCUCUAAUCAACAUCCACUGUAUGUGCACUCAGCAAUGAUAUGCUCUGUCUUAGGUUUCCUAAACACUGUGCUGAAUUGACGUGGGAUCAUUUUAAUGCAAACGCACUGUGGCAUAUAUUGUGGUUUGGAUGUAUUACUCUGAGAAAUUGGCAAAUGACACAGCAGAGAACUGUUAGCCAUAUGUAGCUCAAGUCAUCUGAUACUGACAAAGGUUGAAUUUAGGGGUGAUUUUCUUAUACUUUGUCAGAGAUGACAUGCACCAAAUAUUCACUUUCAUUCAGGGGACUCACAUCUACACAGUUAUAUUAGGGUCAGUAAAGAAUUAUAACACAGUGUAGGAGAUCUCUGUGGACAUUUAUACUGCAGUUUGUGCUCCAGUAUUUUAACACAGCUGACACGAUAAUGAAUAAACUACAUUUUGAAACAAGGCUAAAAUAUCAAAUCGUCUGUCAUGUUGAUGUACACUGUACACUUCUGACCACAAGACACUGAGACUGCAUAUUAAAAUCAGAUAGGUUGAAUAAGUGUGUUCUUUGCAUCAGGGACUGUGCAUUGGUUUCAUUGCCUCAUAUAUUAUGAAGUUCCAAAAGAUGGUG